GGUCAGAGUUGAAUUGCAUGUCUCUGUUAGGAAACACUUACGGUUGUGUAACGUUUUAAAAAAAAAUCGAUGCCCAGUCUUCCUACCGCUGUUGCGUGAGAGGACCCUUUUAAAUAAGGAUGCUGCUCCCUUCAUUACGGACGUUGGUGUCGUGUGGCUUUCGAAAUGCUGGGAGAGGAUUUCAGCAGAGCAAUCGGACUCCUCAUUUGCGGCAAUGGCUGGCGAAGAGAAGCCAGCACACCAUCACAGCAGAGGCAGGAGCCAACACAGCUCCAGCUACAGUUCCCAACGCGGCCACCAAUCGGAUCCUCGGCCGAUGGCUGUUGGGCUGCAGUGGACUGGUGGUCGGGGCAGUGGUGUUGGGAGGUGUCACAAGGCUGACGGAGUCAGGGCUCUCAAUGGUAGACUGGCACCUGGUGAGAGAGAUGAAGCCUCCUCAGACUCGGGCCGAGUGGGAGGCUGAGUUCGCCAAGUACCGGCAGUUCCCAGAGUUCAAAAUAAUGAACCAUGACAUGACUCUACCAGAGUUUAAGUUCAUCUUCUACAUGGAGUGGGGCCACAGGAUGUGGGGCAGGCUGGUAGGGCUGGCCUAUGUCCUCCCCACGAUCUACUUCUGGAAGAAAGGCUACUUCAACAGAUCUAUGAAGGGACGUGCACUGGGACUCUGUGGAUUUGUGUUCUUUCAGGGCCUCCUGGGCUGGUACAUGGUGAAGAGUGGUCUGGAGGAGAAGCCAGAGUCCUAUGAUGUCCCCCGAGUCAGUCAAUAUCGCUUGUCUGCUCACCUAGGGUCAGCUCUGCUGCUCUACUGUGCUAGUCUAUGGACCGGACUCACACUGAUGGUCGAGCCGCACAAGUUGGCUAAUACUAAGCGUCUGAACCAGCUGAGGAGGUUUGCUAAGGGCACUGCAGGAUUGGUCUUCCUCACCGCACUCUCAGGUGCGUUUGUAGCAGGGCUGGAUGCUGGGUUGGUGUAUAACUCGUUCCCUCUGAUGGGAGACAGAUGGAUCCCUGAUGACCUCCUGGCCUUUUCUCCAACACUCAAGAACUUCUUUGAGAACCCCACCACUGUUCAGUUUGACCAUCGAGUUCUGGCAAUCUCGUCUCUGACAGCCAUCACAGGUCUCUAUAUGUUCUCCAGGAGGAUGAUUCUACCUAGGAGAGCUAAGAUAGCCAUAUCCUGCCUUACAGCUAUGGCCUAUGCGCAGGUUGCCCUGGGCAUCAGUACCCUGCUUCUUUACGUGCCCACUCCCCUGGCAGCGACCCACCAGUCAGGCUCUGUCGCCCUGCUCUCAUUGGCCAUCUGGGUCCUCGCAGAGCUCAGGAAGGUGGCCAAGUAGAUGCCCACUUUGCCAUGACUCGAUCAGGCCUCCAGAGACAAACCAGUCCAAGGGGUAUAAAAAUAAAGAAUAUUGACAAGAUGCUCCAGGAAGAAAGAGAGGAGAGAAUCAUUCUAUAAAACAAUGGAUUGGGUCUGGGAACUUCUAUGUUGCAAAGCUGCAAGCUCCUUCCACCGGUUUGAAGUUAUAUCAUAACAUUAGAAUUCAGUUAUAUAAAGGUUGUUUUGAUCGAUGCAAUGGCAAGAAUGUUCAAGCUUAUUUCACUACAUUUUUCCCCAGCAGUGCAGUGGUUGGGCCAGGUGGUGAGUCGCCUGUAGUUUAGAAAUAUCACUGAAAGGCAUUACUGUAGCUGACGACAGGUUACAUUUCAAUGUCACUAGAUAGCGACUAUUAAUAAACUGAAAUUGAGUUGAGUAGUGUAGAAUCUUAGCAUCAAAUCUGAAAACAGAUUUGACUCAAUAGGUGAAUAUCACAGCCGAUCACAACACUGCCGGGUAAGUAAUACUGUGAAACACUGAUUCCACUGUUAGUGGCAGACAUAUUACGGACAUUUUCAUAAAUUAUAUUGCAAAAAUUCUGAAAAGAAAUCCUAUGUUGGCACAUUUUAAUGCCUUCAGAAAGUAUUUAUACACCUUGACUUGUUGUUGUUACAGCCUGAAUUUCAAGAAAUAAAAAAGUGCAUUCGGAAAGUA